AUGCCUGGCCUGCAAUCCCAGGGCCGUGGUGAGGGCAGUCGGCUUCCCCUAACGCAAGUGCCAGUCGCUUCCAUCGAGACCCCCGACCCGGUCGUUCAGCAAGCAACGGCGUCGGCGCAGACUCCUCCCUCGCAUGCGCCCGCUUCUCAUUUCCGCAUCCCUCGAACGCCCCAUUCGGCCGGUGGCGAGACGGCUCAAAAGGCGGCCAAGGUUGCUAUCCCGAGGCUGAAGAGAUCUAUCGAUUCAGAGAGUCAAGAUGCACCCAGGUCGGGCAGGCACCGGGUCAAUCAUGCAUGUGAGCCUUGUCGGCAUCGAAAGACCAAGUGCAGCGGAGAGCGACCGAUAUGUCGGCAUUGUCAGGAUUUCAAAAUCACAUGUUUCUAUGCAGAUGGCAAACGAGAUCGGGUCAAGAAGCAAUUCGGAACCAUGACCGAGAAGGUCACCGACUAUGAGAGGCUGCUAAAUGAUCUGCUGACGAGAGUGAGCGAUCCCGAUGCCCAACUGAUUCGAGCCGCAUUGGAGAAGGAGACGACAGCUGACCCCGACGACGCCGCCACCGAUGCUACCGGCGACACUGCCACAGUUCCCACCAUUGGUGCUGAUAGAGAGCAAUCGGAGUCUGGUGCAGAAUCUGAGGCCUCCGCCGGAGCCGGUUCCACGGGCGCGCUAGAUCGGACCGAUGAAGACUUCACUCGCGAGCAAGCCCGCGCAACGGGGUUCAUGGGGAAGAAUUCGGAAGUGACCUGGCUACAACGGUUGCGGGAGGAGAACAAGUAUGGGGACCACCCGCGCAAUGAACAAGGCAACGAGAAGCAACAGACACUGGCGGCCGCAUCCACGGCAUCGUUCAACUCGAGGCGUCAAGUGGGCGACGUGCAGACGCCUUUGGUCGAGGUGGACGAGGGCUUUGCAGUCGACAACUCCAACUAUCAUCUCGACGACCUCCCCAUCUUUACUUUUGAGGCAGUCGAUCCGUACGAAAUCCCCACCCCCGAUAUCGCCAACCACCUGUUUGACGCGUACAUGGCCAGGGUCCAUCCGUCGUUUCCCGUGGUGGGCAAGCUGAAUCUCAGCAGCCAGUUCCGCCGAUUUAUUAGUGGGACGGUGCAGAGCCCGCCCGAAAAGUGGCUGGCCAUCCUCAACAUGAUCUUUGCCAUUGGAGCCAGGUACUCACACCUGAUCAACGCCGAGUGGAAGGGCGACGAGCGUGAUCAUCUCAUCUACUUUACACGAGCUCGACUGUUGAACAUGAACUCGGAAACGUUGUUCCAGCAUCCGGAUUUACAGCAAAUCCAGAUCGUCGGCUUGAUGUCUUUCUACCUCCUCUGUACCAGCCAAAUCAACCGAGCCUGGCUUUUGACCGGGAUUGCCAUCCGGCAGGCCAGUGCACUGGGGAUGAACAUGCGCAACGACAGUGCCAAUCUACCAAACACGCUCAAGGAAAUCCGAUAUCGGGUUUGGUGGGCGCUGUACACCCUGGAACAUCGGCUGUGCAACAUGACCGGGCGCGUCAACUGCAUUCUCGACGACCACUGCACGGCGCCGCUACCGGUGCCUCUGGAUGAAGAACAGUUUGACAGCGAGGAAGGCCAGAAACUGUUGAGUAAAGAGAGACAGCAAGGCGUUCGAGCUCCCGCCUCGAACCCGCAAACGCCGAGCAACCACAAUACCACCCCUUCGACGGAUCGGUCUCGUUCUCAGACCAAGAUGGAGUCGCGUUCGCCUUCCACGCUCAGUAAUCUGGGAAACAUGGAAUGGGCCAAGGAUGUUGCGCCCAAUUCGUCCCUUUACUUCCUCCAUCUGGUGCAGUUGAGCCGACUGACACAAAACAUAUUCCAUCGGCUGUAUAACCCGGCUGCCAUCCAGGGCACGUGGUCGGACAUUCAGAGGACGAUCGGGGACCUUGACGAGCAGAUCGAGCACUGGUACCGAAAUUUGCCGCCGGCGUUUGCCUUUCGGCGGAAGCAGCGCGAUCGCGGCUCCUAUGAGGCUCGCUUGGGUCUGGGGUUUUUCUACUACAGCACCAAAAUGACCAUCCACCGGCCCUGCCUGUGUCGUCUGGAUCGCAAGAUCCCCGGUCAAUCUAACAAAUCGCUCGAGUUCAACCGCAACUCGGCGGCCAAAUGCGUCGAGGCGGCCAUGGAGGCCCUGGGGUCCAUCCCGGAUGAACCGAACGCGGUCGGGCUCAUUCGCGUAGGUCCUUGGUGGACCAUGUUGCACUUGCUCGUCCAGGCCUGUACCGUGCUCAUGUUGGAGAUCUCUUUCCGCGCCAACCACAUGCCGGAAGAAGCGGACAACAUCCUAGAAUCGAGCAAGAAGGGGGUGCGCUGGCUUCAUGCUCUGGCGGAAGACAACCUGUCGGCCAAACGGGCCUGGGCAACGUGUUUCGCCAUGCUUCAAGGGGCGGCGCAGAAGAUGGGACGCACUGUAGAAGAUCUGCCGCAUUUCCCACCGGGGAAAUCCUCUCCGCCGCAACAGGCUGCUCCGAUGUCAGCCUAUUCCGCCGCGGUCUACCCUGCCGGUCUUUAUGCGUCGGGCCCAACGCAGUCUUCGAUGUACGCGCUGCCUGAUCUGCCGACCACUCAAGCGUUUGCCGUGUAUGACCCGAUGAUGCAGUAUGACCAAUACUUCCCUGGCGACUUUCAGAUGAAUCACUCGAUGCCCUUCCAACAACCCAUGGAUACAGAAAUGGAGUUUUUGAGCAGUGCUUAUCAUGGUGACCCAUCGCAGCCAGAGGGAGGUGAGGCCGACCGGGCGCCACGAUAUCCAUGA